GCUCCUCUCUCGCCCCUCGCUCUCUCCAAUUCCAAACCUGCGUGUGGCGAUCGGGGGCGUUCCGGCCGCGCGCGAUCAGAACCGUCGGCUUCGGGCCGGCCGGAGUGGCGGAUGCCGGCGGACGUCGCGGCACGCGAGGCGGCGAUGCCGGCGCCGGCGCCGGCGUGCAGCUCGUCGUCGAUCGGGAAGGACAGCGACGAGUGCUCGCCGCCGGGGAAGGAGGAGGAGGAGGUGCAGAGUGCGUACGGAGGAGGAGGAGGAAGAGGAGGGGACCUGGCGGGGUUGGAGGCAUUGGAGGAGGCGCUUCCCGUUCGGCGUAGCAUCUCCAAAUUCUACAAUGGUAAAUCAAAAUCAUUUGCGUGUCUCAAGGAAACUGCUUCAUCUUGUGGCUCUGCAAAGGACAUUGCUAAGGCAGAGAGUGCAUAUUCCAGAAAACGGAAGAAUCUCCUUGCGUACAGCAUCAUGUAUGAAAAUUCACAUGACACAGCAGCAGAAGUUUAUGAAACUGGACCUCCUAAGAGGCCUGCUAGUCUGAGCAGAAACUCUUUGGCGACCUUGGCCAGUAGCAGUUCCAGGAGCAGCAGCUGUAUCAGCAUUGAAGAAACCGAGCUACCUGAGCAGCUUCUUUCUCCUCUCUCACCUGCUAAUUAUGAAAAUUCUGCGGAUUGUUAUGUUCCAGCACUACAACUAGGAUCCUGCGAUCCUAAAUCAUCAUCUGUGCCUAUGAGGUCAUUCUCAAUGAUGGAUUUGCACCUUCUGCAUAGGCCAAGAUCCUCAUUUCGUCCCAAAGAUCAGAGAACGAUGGACUAGUGCAAUAUUUAUGUUGUUUUACCUGGAGUUUUCUAAUGUCUUUCUGUAAGGUCAGUAUCAAGAUGGAUUCUUGAAUAAACAAGGGGAAGUGGGAUGGUGUUGUCUAUGUGCCUGCAAGAUGACUGGGGCUACUGUGUUGUAAAUUAGCAUACUAAGUACUGAUAUUGAUGGCCUAAGCGCUAAAAUGAUGUAUCAUGUAAAUUAGUCAUUUGUAAAUUAACCAAAUCUUCUAAACUUGUACUAUACGUGCUUCUUGAUCGGCUGACUGUAUCCUUGUUGUGUUGUCCUUUGUUAGGGAGCAUGUGCCAUCUGGGGCACUAUCAAACCAAUAAAUUCAGUGCAAUAUGUACAUUGAUUUUUGUGGGGGGCACAAUUGAAUUACA